UUCAAGUGGUUGGUAGUUAUCAUAAACCAGAGACAAAAAAAACCUACUCUUUCAUUUUUCAUCUUUCAACCAUAACAUGUUACCAUUAUUCCUCAUUUUCACACUCUCCUUCAUUCUCAUCGUCACCACAACCUUCUUCCUCCGUCCAAAACAACCUAAACAUGACAGGAAACAUCCAUCCGGUCCAUCGGGCUAUCCUCUCAUCGGUAACCUCCACAUGUUAGGCACCCUCCCACACCGGUCCCUCGAAGCCUUAUCCAAAAAACACGGUCCUAUCAUGUCACUCCGGUUAGGCCAAGUCCCAACAGUCAUAGUCUCUUCCUCUUCAGCAGCCGAACAGUUCCUCAAAGCAAAUGACCUUGCUUUCGCCAGCCGUCCUAAACUCGAAGCCACGCACUACCUGUCUUAUGGUUCUAAAGGGUUAGUUUUCGCUGAAUAUGGUGCGUAUUGGCGUAACAUGAGGAAGAUUUGUACUCUGCAGCUUUUGAGUGUUUCGAAAGUUGACUCGUUUGCCUCUUUGAGGAAGAGAGAAAUGGAAUUAGCUUUGAAGUUGUUGAAGAAAGCUGCGAGUUCGAGUGAGGUUGUUGAUGUGAGCGAGUUUGUGCAUGAUGUUGUAAUGGAUAUUGUGUGUAAAAUGGUGGUGGGGUGUAGUAUAGAUGAGGUUUUUGAUUUGAAGAGGCUCAUUCAACAAGGGAUGAACCUUUCUGGUGCUUUUAAUCUAGCUGAUUAUGUUCCUUUUCUUCGAGUUUUUGAUCUUCAGGUAUGUAUACCUUCAAAGAUAAAGGCUAUCGUCUUAGACAUGAUUGCUGGUGCAUUCGAAACUUCUGCAACUGUCGUGGAGUGGGCUUUAUCCGAGCUCAUGAGACAUCCAAGAGUAAUGAAAAAUCUCCAACAAGAGUUAGAUAAUGUGGUUGGGGUGAACAAAAUGGUGGAGGAAAAAGAUUUGUCGAAGUUAAGUUACUUAGAUAUUGUGAUCAUGGAGACAUUGAGAUUAUAUCCCGCGGGACCACUCGUGCCACGCGUGUCAACUGAGGAUGCUGUGGUUGAUGGUUAUUUUCUAGAAAAGAAAUCAAGAAUAAUUGUGAAUUUAUGGGCAAUAGGAAGAGAUUCUAAGAUAUGGUCCGACAAUGCUGAAGAGUUUUAUCCAGAGAGAUUCGUCGAUAAAAAUUUAGACUACCGUGGAAAUGAUUUCCAAUUUAUACCAUUUGGUUUUGGUCGAAGAGGGUGUCCCGGGAUAAACUUGGGACUAACUACAGUUAAACUUGUUGUCGCUCAACUAGUGCAUUGUUUUUCUUGGGAACUUCCAUCGAGUAUGACUCCAAAUGAUUUGGACAUGACAGAAAAAUUUGGUCUGUCAAUCCCAAGAGCCAAGCACUUGCUUGCCGUGCCAAACUAUCGUCUUCAUGGGGAAGCAACAUGACGAGUCGAGUUUAUUUUAGUUCAAAAUUGUAUUCUUUUCUGAUAU